AUGGUACCAAAGAAUUACCCAGUGCAUUCUGGUAUUUUGUGGCAUGUACAUUGCCGCCUGCAGUGUUGGUUACACAAAUUCAUUUGGGGUUCUAUACGCCGAGAUCGACACGUAUUUUAAAGCAGCAAAAGAAGUGUCCGCUCUUGCACCAGGCUUAUGUACUGCAUUAUCUGAAGGAGCAGGAAUUUUGUGCACCGCCAUGGUCAACAAGAUUGGAACACGCUACACAAUAAUGAUUGGUGGACUCCUUGAAAUGAUUGGUGUUUUCGUAUCUUCCUUUGCCAACAGUCCGUACUUUCUUAUUGGACCUCUCGGUGUGCUCGCUGGGACCGGUGCUUGUCUAGCGUAUGUCUCAAUUUUUAUUGCGAUUGGACAACACUUCGAGAGUGUGCGCAUACCUAACGCACUGAUCAGUGUCGGAUUCACAUGUGGAAUAUUCGGUUUGUCCAAGAUAAUGCAGAUCUUGACCGAAUAUUAUACCUGGCGUGGAGGUCUAGUUAUCAUUUCAGGGCUGCUCUUCAACAACUGCAUUGCUGGUUUAUUAUUGACCAACAGCAAGCAGAAGGAGAAACCGAUUCUGAAGAAGAAGAAACUCCUUCCCGACAGAUUGUUUGACGUCUCCAUUCUCAAAAACUUCUUUUUCAUGUAUUACGUCCUUGUAACCUGUUUCGUCUACAGCAGUCUCUUGAUUUUCGUCACCUUUGUGGUUGACUACGCACGCGAGAAAGGCAUCAACGAGGACGACGGUGCCAACAUGUUAUUCAUGUAUGGUAUUGGAUCAAUCCCUGGGGGUUUCGUAGCGAUGGUCAUCAUGGCUUAUCGGACAGUCACGGCUUGGGAUGUCCAAGCUGUUUGCGUCGUUGUAGCCGGAGUGGCGCUGGCCUUGUUCCCUAUGUUCUCAACAUUCGAAAGUCUGUCUGCCAUAUCGGCGUUGCUUGGUAUUGCAGUUGGUAUGGUGACAGCAGUCUACACCACAGUUGCCAUGGAAACGCUGGGGACCGAGAAGUAUUCGUCUGGCUUGGGUUUCACAGGAACUGCAAUGGGUGCCAUUAUGUUUACAGUCUCCUACACAUCAGGUACAUUAACUGAAAUGAUGGGAAGUUACAGCCCAGCUUAUAAGAUCUUCGGUUGGUUAACUUGCGCUCUUGGUGGUGGAAUGGUCAUUAUUCGAAUUUUGCAGUUGGUUAACAAGUUUCGAAAAGGAAGAGAGUUUACACUGAUAAACAAAGUCUAGAUUUAAGAUGAAGCAAAACCAAAGACGCCGCUAUAAAUAUCCUCUCCAUAUUCUUUUUCAUUCACUAACUCACAGACAUUGUCUAACAUCGCAUCACUACAACGAACGAUUUUCCUUUCUGAUUUAAGUCUAAAAACACUUUGUACACAUACAUGCGCGCACGCAUACACACAUUUACACUCAUACAAACUCAUUUCUUUCUUAAAUAUCUUUUGAUCUUCCUUUACAAGUUGCAAAUCUCAUUUGCUUGCAUAGAUAUUAACUCAUUGACAAAUCUCUGAAAUAUGUUUCAUUUAAUGAAAUUUCUCCGCUUGGUGGCUUCUCUCUCUCUCUCUCUCUCUUUCCUCUCCUCUCUCUUUUCUCUCCUCUCUCUCUCUCUCUCUCUUUCCUCUCCUCUCUUUCUCUCUCUCACCCCUCACUCCCUCUUUCUCUUGAUAUACAUACGUGUGUGUGUUUGCGUGUGUAUGCAUAUAUAUAUAUAUGGAUAUAUAUUGAUGAAGUACCGUGCCAAGUUUGCAAAUAUAUGAAGUUGGAAAUUGUGCAGUCGAAUUUUGGGGUAAUGUGGAGCGUCAUGCUGAUUCUAGUGCUGAUAAUGUAAGAGGACAGGUGUUCUAUGUUCGGCGAGCGCAUUGAAAAAUGCCUAGAUGUGUAUGAUUGAUCGCUGUGGAACUUCUAACCAGGAUGAUGUUGCGGUUCAUAUCAUUCUUGACAGUGAUGAGAGAUGGUGCAGGAAAGAUCAGAAUGGUUUGGUGGGGGUCAGAGAUUAGGACUUAGAAGUUUGGGCUGACUGUGCAUUUCAAUGGAACAAGGGACGAGUUAAAGGUGAGGUAGAGUGGAAUCCAAUCUGUAGGUGUGAGUAACAAGACAAGGAGAACGGUGGUGCGGUCAAAGAAUUUGGCUCAAUGGAUUGGAAUGGUCCACUACCAUCACCAGACCGAAGUUACAGUUGCACAUUACCUAAAACUUCCAACCUCAUUACAUUGCAUUAUUUGUAAGCUUUGAAAACAUGCCAUUACUUUUCUGCCUUGGAUUCUAUUCAAUCUGAUAUAUACAUUCACGUGUGAAUAUUCAUAUAUAUAGUGAUAUUAUAUCGUACUUAGAACAUAUUGACAACUACUUAGGCCCUGGGUAGAAUUUACGCCAACAGCAAUGAGAAGAUUGAAAACUAAUUUGGCUAUAUCAACAAAUCAUCAAAUUGAAAACUAAUUUGGCUAACAUCGUAAGAUACGAGAGUGAACGGUAAAAUACGGGAAUGGAUUAAAUAAAAAAUGAGAGAUAGCGUAAAUGGAUGUAACGGUUUACUUGUAUUUCGAAAGGUAGAUUAAGUCCUUUGGAUUGUUUUGUGGGUAAAAAGUAUAUUUGCCUUAUGAUUUGCAUCAAAAACAUCCACUCUUCCUUAAUACAAUCAGCAUCUGCAGGAAACUUAUUUUGUUCUGAGUGCUUAUGAAGAGAACCUAAUUCUAACACUUUUUUAAAGUUCGUUUUGCUUGCUUAUAUGAAGUACUGCAUAGUUCAUGUGUAUAUAUAUAUAUAUAUAUAUAUAUAUAUAUACACACACACAUAUAUAUAUACAUUUCGUUGUACAAUUCCUUUCUCCCUUUUCUCAAAUUCAACCUUUAUUAUUCCGGAAGCAUUCUGGAUAGAUCUGUAUUCAGCAACUUCCUCACCUUCUCGACUCCUAUUUCAAAUCUUGACUUUUCUUCCAUCUUCUCGAGUCCUAUCUUUUUGCCCCCAUCAGUUCUUCCCUAACCAAUCUCUUCUUUUGUUUACGCGUAACUGUUGCCUGCGUGACUCCUUCGACUCCUCCUCCUCUCGCAUUCUACUCGAAUCCAUUCCUUGUUCCCUAUCCUGUUGCUAUACUUGUCCAUUCCUGACUGACAUCACGUUCGUUAACACACCUUUUGUAUUUUUAAUUCAUUCUGUUGCGGUACCAAUGUUGUCUGGCUCCUGAUUUCUGCCAAACUCCAACCACAAUAACUGGAGAAAAGGUGAUUACGCUGACCUUACUACAGCAUGGCCACAGCCGUUGGGUUGGGAUGCAUAAAAUAAU